GAUGUAUUCCACAAAGGCUAUAUAAGAGCUAGCGCGUGCAAGGACGGUGAUUAUACUAUAAGCAAAACUGUGGAAAAACUUUGAUUAUGGCAGCGAAAGUAAAGCUUCUAGCGAUUACGUCGGUACUCGCUGCUUUGUCUCUCAUUGAAUGUACAGAUGUCCCUAAUUUAAAUCAGGCAUGCUUCCGAUGUCUCUGCCACGUGUAUACCAAUUGUAAAUCAUCAGACGAUUGCUCUGGCGAUUAUUGCGGUCCAUUCACCAUUUCUAAGGUGUAUUGGACUGAGGCUGGCAAAAUCACUCUGCCGGGUGACGAUCCCGCUAGCGAGAAUGCUUGGAAGGAAUGUGCUACGGACUACAACUGCGCCCAAAAGAUCGUAAAAGGUUAUCUUCAGAAGUUUGUCAAGGACUGCAAUAACGAUGGUGAAAUCAACUGCUUCGAUUACAUGAUGAUCAAUAGUAAUGGAGGAUACAAUUGUACCCCGCCGCUGGACAGGUCCGAGACGGGGCGCAUGUGGCUGGAGCGUUACGACGAAUGUCACACGAAACUUAAUUUAUUGCACUGAUUUCAAUAAAUAUCAAAUAAGUAAUAUACAAUAAUAUUCUUGUUUCGUUCGUAUACAAUAAACUUUGGGUAAUAAAAUUUUGACGCCAUA